AUGGUUGCAGGAAGUGGCGGAGGCGCCGUUUCUCACAAUAUACUUCGAACUGAUCCUACAUUUAACCUUUAUGCCUAUGGUACUCCUGGUGGAAAUUUUGAAUCAGUGACAAAUUACAGAUAUACUCAGGGUGGAACCCAAUUAUUAGGGGAACUUGGACGAGGAGGCCAUGGUUAUUCAGAUCCCUCCACCUAUGGAUGUGCAACUGGGGGUGGCGGCGCCGGAUAUCGAGGAGGAUAUCAUAAUAUUCCACAUCCAUCACCUGCAGAGAUAAGCCAUGGAGGUCCUGGAGGAAGCUCAUACAUAAGUGGUCACCCCGAUUGCAUUUCUCCAUUAGGAGGGAGAGUCCACCAUUCCGGAAUUAAAUUCCUAAAUCCAGUCAUGAUUUCCGGAAGUGAAUCAAUGCCACAGCCAGAUGGAACGUAUGACGUAGGACAUAAAGGGUCAGGAGUUGCUAAAAUAACUAUACUACCAUACUUUGAAUUUUCAUGCAACCAGAAAUGCCUGACAUUUAAGAAUUCCUUAUUGUAUCUUGUUUUCAUACUUAUGUGA